AUGAGGGGGAUAAUGGAGGACAUGCCCUGCGUCUCGACGAGGGGCGACGGCCCCAACGGGCGGAGGGUCGAGGGCUUCCUCUACAGGUACCGGAAAGGAGGAGAGGUGAGGAUAGUCUGCGUCUGCCAUGGCCGCUUCCUCUCGCCGGCGGAGUUCGUCAAGCACGCCGGCGGCGGCGACGUCGCCCACCCGCUAAGACACAUCGUCAUGAACCCCACUCGCUCGAGCUUCUCCUGA